AUGAAUUCGAUAGAAGGGCUGCCCCUUUCAUGCUACUAUGUCCCCAGUUUCAUCACCGCAUCUGAAGAGGCGCAGAUCCUCAACGACCUCCAGAAACUGCCCGAGUCUCGAUGGACUGUGCUCACCCACCGGCGUCUAUUAUCUCUACCCUCAACCUUGACCGGUCCUUCGCGUGACACUCUCCUUGCUGCCCCCAUGCCAGCGUACCUCGACGUGAUCGUCACCCGUCUUCAACAAGGCAAAUUCUUUGAGAGUUCCACACACAAGGCUCCGAACCAUGUCCUGAUCAAUGAAUACAAACCAGGAGAGGGAAUCAUGCCCCAUGAAGAUGGUCCUGCCUACGACCCAAUCACAGCGACGGUGAGCUUGGGGAGUCACACUGUGCUCGAAAUCUACCGAAAGACUGAAGCUGGCGAACGAGAAGCGAAGCCUACAUGGCGAAUCUUACAAGAACCCCGGAGUCUGCUGGUGACGACGGGCGACAUGUAUAUCAACACACUACAUGGCAUUUCAGAACUCCAGACGGAUGAGAAUCUGAACAGCGAGCAGAUCAUCAACUGGAAUCUCCUCGGUGACCAACAACCCUAUGAGAGCGGUCAUGCUCAGCGGCAAACUCGCAUUAGUCUCACCUUGCGUGACGUGAUCAAGGUUGCCAAAUUGGGGGGUGCUUUGAAGUUCAUAAACAAAAGGCCAUGA